AAGGAGAAAAAAGAGAAGAAAUCUAAACGCCAUGACAAAUCUCGGAGGAGAAAGACUCAGAUGGAUGAAAGUGAGCAGUCGGAGGAUGACAUUGAUCCCCCGAAACUCAAGAAAUCAAGGAGUGGAGUUAAACAAAACGGUCAUACAAGAGACGAAAGCCCAGAGAAUGCGAAAUUAUCUUCCUUAAACAAUAAAUCCAGUCACAAAAAACGGCACAGUAAUUCAAGUGAAACAUCAAGUGGUGAUGGUGACAGUGAACCAGAGCAGGAGCUGACUGAAGAACAGAAAGAGGGUGCUUUCUCCAAUUUUUCUAUUUCCAAAGGGACUGUGCAGCUUCUUCAAGCUCGAGGAGUGACCUACCUGUUCCCUGUGCAAGUGAAGACCUUCAACCCAGUAUAUUCUGGCAAAGACGUAAUUGCUCAAGCACGAACUGGAACAGGGAAAACCUUCUCUUUUGCUAUUCCCUUAAUUGAAAAGCUUCAGGGAGACUCACAGGAAAGAAGAAGAGGCCGUUCACCAAAGGUACUAGUUCUUUGCCCAACAAGAGAGUUGGCAAACCAGGUUGCCAAAGAUUUCAAGGACAUCACAAAAAAGCUAACAGUAGCUUGUUUUUAUGGAGGAACUCCAUACAAUGGACAAAUUGAUCUCAUGAGAAGUGGCAUUGACAUUUUGGUUGGGACACCUGGUCGAAUCAAAGACCAUCUUCAGAAUGGCAAGCUGGACCUUACCAAGGUGAAACAUGUUGUACUCGAUGAAGUUGACCAGAUGCUGGACAUGGGAUUUGCUGAGCAAGUGGAAGACAUUUUACGCGUUGCGUACAAGAAGGAUUCUGAAGACAAUCCCCAGACACUACUGUUUUCUGCAACUUGCCCACAUUGGGUGUAUGAUGUAGCUAAGAAAUACAUGAAGUCUAGAUAUGAACAGAUUGACCUUAUUGGGAAAAGAACUCAAAAGGCUGCUACAACAGUAGAACAUUUGGCAAUAGAGUGUCACUGGUCUCAGAGAGCUGCUGUUAUUGGAGAUGUCAUUCAGGUCUACAGUGGCAGCUACGGGAGGACCAUUGUCUUUUGUGAGACCAAAAAAGAGGCAAAUGAACUGGCUCUGAAUGCUUCGAUCAAACAGGAUUGCCAGUCGUUGCAUGGUGACAUUCCUCAGAAGCAAAGAGAGAUCACACUGAAAGGUUUUAGAAAUGGUACAUUUAAAGUUCUGGUUGCAACGAACGUAGCUGCCCGUGGCUUAGAUAUCCCUGAAGUUGACCUGGUUGUACAAAGCUCACCACCAAAGGAUGUGGAGUCCUAUAUCCAUCGCUCUGGACGCACAGGUCGAGCUGGACGGACUGGGAUCUGUAUCUGUUUUUAUCAGCGAAAGGAAGAACAUCAGUUAAGAUAUGUGGAACAGAAAGCGGGCAUUACGUUCAAGCGUGUUGGUGUUCCUACUGCAACUGAUAUAAUAAAGGCUUCCAGCAAAGAUGCCAUCAGGUGUCUGGAUUCUGUUCCUCAAACUGCUAUUGAGUAUUUCAAAGAAUCUGCUCGGUUUCUAAUAGAAGAAAAGGGACCAGUUAAUGCUCUGGCUGCAGCACUAGCUCAUAUUUCAGGUGCUACUUCCAUUGAACAGCGCUCCUUGCUGAACUCGGAUGCGGGAUUUGUUACAAUGAUACUAAGCUGCUCGGAAGAAAUAAACAAUAUGAGCUAUGCUUGGCGAAAACUGCGAGAACUGUUAGGUGACGAUGUUGAUAGGAAGGUGAACAGAAUGUGUUUCCUCAAGGGAAAAAUGGGUGUGUGCUUUGAUAUUCCUGCAGCAGACCAAAAGGAAAUAGAGGCAAAAUGGGAAGAUUCAAAACAAUGGCGUUUGUGCGUGGCGACUGAAUUACCUGAGUUAGUAGAAUCACAGCGAGGAGGAGGAGGAGGAGGUGGAGGAAAUGGCCGAAGCUUCUCAAGCUCCAGAAACGGGCGUCGGGGUGGUUCUGGUAGAAACAGAUUCAGAAGCAGAGGCCAGAAAAGAAGUUUUGACAGAGCAUUUGAUCGUUAA